UUCUUUAUAAAAACCAAAAAAAAAAAAAAAAAAAAGGAAAGAAAGGAAAAAGGAAAAUCAAGAAAGCGAAGCCCAGAACCAAAGAUCCGAUCAGAUCUCUUCAACUCUCUUUCUCUGUCUCUCUGAUUCCAAGAUCCGUUUGAUUUGGCCCGUUGAGAACGGGUCGAUACAUCCAAUUCUAGGGUUUCGAACACAUCGAGGAAUUCUUGGAUUCUGUGUUUUUAUUUUUGGAUUUUCUGGGUUUUUUUUUUUUUUUUUGUUUUUGUUUUUUGGGAUUUUGGUGGAGUUAGGGUUUUGGUGUGUGGUUGGAGGGAUGGGUGAGAUCGGGAGCUAGGGUUCGGAAAGGUGAGGGCUUUGCGGUGGGUGCAUGAAGAUUUGGUGCUGCUUUGGGUUGGGAGAAGACGAAGAAGAAGUGAGGGGAACGAUGAGAGAGGGGAUGUUCGGAAAUGAGAACGAUGAUGAGUCUGAAGGGAAGGAAUUAGGGUUUUUGCUAGGUGGUCAGAUGAGUGAUCUUGAAGAGAACGAGAUGGUCGUCGGCAGCGGCGGUGGCGGUGGAGGUGGUGACCAGUGGCAGCUUGGGGUGGGGGGUUGGAGGCAGUUUGAUCAGUUUGCGUCGACUAGCGGACAAGGGAUUGGGGACAACGGCGAGGCGUUUUUUCCUGAGAAAUGUGAUCGGCCGGAAGGGUCGGAGAGGGAUGACUGCGAUUCUGAUGAUCGCGAUUCUUGGGAUGUGCACCAUAAGCGGGCCAAAGUUCAUUCGUAUUCCCAGGGUUGCACUUAUGCAAUAACUGCUAUGCCUUUGGAAGCUGGAAAUUCUAGUUCGUCCACAGACAGGGAUUAUAAUGUCAGUCAGAGUCCAAUUCCUUUUAAUAACGAGAUCCUGCGUCUCACCACAAUGUCCAAUGAUGGUGAUGAUGAGGAUCCACUUGAUUCUAAUGAUGGGAGAGAUGAGGAGGAAGGAGAUGGAUUUAGUACUUCAAAAAUGGAAGAUUUAGAAGUUCGGAUGGAUCUUACAGAUGACUUAUUGCACAUGGUUUUCUCUUUCUUGGACCAUGUUAAUCUUUGUCGAGCUGCUAUAGUCUGCAAGCAGUGGCGAGCUGGUAGUUCUCAUGAAGACUUCUGGAGGUGUCUGAAUUUUGAAAAUCGGAACAUAUCUGAAGAACAGUUUGAGGAUAUGUGUCGUAGAUAUCUGAAUGCCACUGAAGUGAAUAUUUUUGGUGCUCCUUCAAUUCACUCGCUGGUUAUGACAGCGAUGUCUUCUUUAAGAAAUCUGGAGACCUUAACCUUGGGGAAAGGAACAUUAGGGGAUGCAUUUUUUCAAGCCUUGGCUGAUUGUUAUAUGUUGAAGAGACUGCUUGUUAAUGAUGCUACUCUUGGUAAUGGUAUCCAGGAGAUACCAAUAUACCAUGAUAGAUUGCAUCAUCUUCAAAUUACGAAAUGUCGCGUACUCCGUAUAUCUGUCAGGUGCCCCCAGCUUGAAACCUUGUCUCUGAAGCGCAGCAGUAUGGCACAUGCUGUGCUUAAUUGCCCUCUUUUGCACGACCUUGAUAUAGGCUCUUGCCACAAGCUUACAGAUGCUGCAAUUCGCUCAGCAGCAACAUCAUGCCCUUUAUUGGAAUCUUUGGAUAUGUCAAAUUGUUCAUGUGUUAGUGAUGAUACCCUUCGUGAAAUAGCCCUCACUUGUGCUAAUCUUCAUAUUCUUGAUGCAUCAUACUGCCCAAACAUCUCACUUGAGUCUGUAAGGCUGUCAAUGUUGACAGUUCUUAAGCUUCACAGUUGUGAGGGCAUAACUUCAGCUUCCAUGGCUGCAAUAUCGCAUAGUUAUAUGUUGGAGGUUUUGGAGCUUGAUAAUUGCAGCUUAUUGACUUCAGUGUCCCUGGACCUUCCUCGUUUGCAAAAUAUUAGACUAGUGCAUUGUCGCAAGUUUGUUGAUUUAAAUUUACGAAGUACCAUGUUGUCAUCUAUGACUGUGUCUAAUUGUCCUGCACUCCACCGAAUCAAUGUUAGUUCAAAUUCACUUCAGAAAUUAGUGUUGCAAAAGCAAGCAAGUUUAACUACAUUAGCUCUGCAAUGCCAAUAUUUGCAAGAAGUGGACCUGACAGAUUGUGAAUCUCUCACAAACUCCAUUUGUGAUGUUUUUAGUGAUGAUGGUGGAUGCCCCAUGCUAAAAUCAUUAGUUCUAGAUAACUGCGAGUGCUUGACAGCAGUGGGAUUCCGCAGUACCUCCUUAGUCAGUCUUUCACUGGUUGGUUGUCGUGCCAUUACUUCUCUUGAACUCAUAUGCCCCUAUCUUGAGCAAGUUCAUUUAGAUGGUUGUGAUCAUCUUGAAAGAGCAUCAUUUCGCCCUGUUGGGCUUCGGUCAUUGAACUUGGGAAUUUGUCCCAAAUUGAGUGCACUCCACAUUGAAGCACCAUCCAUGGUUCAACUUGAGUUGAAAGGAUGUGGUGGACUAUCUGAAGCAUCCAUUAACUGUCCUAUGUUGACGUCUCUAGAUGCUUCCUUUUGCAGCAAACUCAAGGAUGACUGCUUGUCUGCAACAGCUGCUUCAUGCCCUUUCAUUGAGUCGUUGAUACUGAUGUCUUGCCCAUCUGUGGGUUAUGAUGGACUCUCCUCUUUGCGCUUGCUGCCGCAUUUGACCUUGCUUGAUCUGUCAUACACUUUUUUGAUGAACUUGCAGCCAGUUUUUGAAUCCUGCUUGCAGCUAAAGGUACUGAAAUUACAAGCAUGCAAGUAUCUCACUGACUCAUCACUGGAAGCUCUUUAUAAAGAAGGUGCUCUCCCAGCUCUAUGCGAGCUGGACUUAUCAUAUGGGGCCCUCUGUCAGUCAGCUAUCGAGGAGCUUCUUGCUUGUUGUACACAUCUCACUCAUGUGAGCUUGAAUGGCUGCCUAAAUAUGCACGAUCUGAAUUGGGGUUUUAGCAGUGGUCCCAUUUCUGAGUUGCCAAGCAUUUAUAACACAUCUAGCUUGUCUUCUCACGGGGAUGACCAUGAGCUAAUUGAGCAGCCUAAUCGCUUACUGCAGAAUCUUAACUGUGUUGGAUGUCAGAAUAUUAAGAAAGUUCUCAUUCCACCAAUGGCACGCUGUACCCAUUUGUCAUCAUUAAACCUCUCUCUUUCUGCAAAUUUGAAGGAAGUUGAUGUUGCUUGUUACAAUCUUUGCUUUCUUAAUUUGAGCAAUUGCUCCUCCUUGGAAAUUUUAAAGCUCGAGUGUCCGAGGUUAACCAGCCUCUUUCUUCAGUCUUGCAACAUCACGGUAGAAGCAGUAGAGGCUGCCAUAUCUCAGUGCAACAUGCUGGAGACCCUUGAUAUCCGCUUUUGUCCGAAGUUGUCCAAUGCGAGUAUGAAAACAUUACGAGCAGUGUGCCCCAGUUUGAAGCGCAUCUUCAGCAGCCUGUGAACUGCAUGAUCUAAUCAAGAAUUUUGUGCUCUUUCCAUCUUGAUUAUUUGCUUCAUUUGCAGAUGGCCGUAGCUUGAUAAUUAUAUAAUGUGCUCCCAUUUAUUGUAAAUGGCAAAUAUCUGUUUUGUUGUUGGUAUUUUUGCUUAUGUAGGUACUUCAUGUUAGCUCUAAUACAAUGUAAACAACAUAAUAAACCAGUUUUUACUUUCGAUAUUAAUGAAUAUUGCUUGUUUCAUCAA